CGUUGGCCCUGUGGGAAGUGGGGCAGUUUCUACCGCCGGCGCGAGUCUAUCCUGGGCUUACCGCACCCUUGGUCGCGUCGCUUCACCCUCGCCUCCUCCGCGCCAAAGCAGGGUUGCAGGCUCCCCGGUCCUUCCCGCCCUCCACCACCUGCUCCCGUCGCGGCUAGACUCUCAGGACCAAAAUGAGUCUGUUUGGAACAACUUCGGGUUUUGGAACUGGCGGCACCAGCAUGUUUGGCAGCACAACCACAGACAAUCACAACCCUAUGAAGGAUAUCGAAGUGACAUCUUCUCCAGAUGAUAGCAUUGGUUGUCUGUCUUUUAGCCCACCCACCUUGCCUGGGAACUUUCUCAUUGCAGGAUCAUGGGCUAACGAUGUUCGCUGUUGGGAAGUUCAAGACAGUGGACAGACUAUUCCAAAAGCCCAGCAGAUGCACACGGGACCUGUCCUGGAUGUCUGCUGGAGUGAUGAUGGAAGCAAAGUAUUUACAGCAUCAUGUGAUAAAACUGCCAAAAUGUGGGACCUCAACAGUAAUCAGGCAAUACAGAUUGCACAGCAUGAUGCUCCUGUUAAAACCAUCCAUUGGAUCAAAGCACCAAACUACAGCUGUGUGAUGACUGGGAGCUGGGAUAAGACUUUAAAGUUUUGGGACACGCGAUCAUCAAAUCCUAUGAUGGUUUUGCAACUCCCCGAAAGAUGUUACUGUGCCGAUGUGAUUUACCCCAUGGCAGUGGUGGCGACUGCAGAGAGGGGACUGAUUGUCUACCAAUUAGAGAACCAACCUUCUGAAUUCAGGAGAAUAGAAUCUCCACUGAAACAUCAGCAUCGGUGUGUGGCUAUUUUUAAAGACAAACAGAAUAAGCCAACUGGUUUUGCCCUGGGAAGUAUUGAGGGGAGAGUUGCAAUCCACUACAUCAACCCCCCAAAUCCUGCCAAAGAUAACUUUACCUUUAAGUGUCAUCGAUCCAACGGAACUAAUACUUCAGCUCCUCAGGACAUCUAUGCGGUAAAUGGGAUCGCAUUUCAUCCUGUUCAUGGCACUCUGGCAACUGUGGGAUCUGACGGUAGAUUCAGUUUUUGGGACAAAGAUGCCAGAACAAAACUAAAAACUUCCGAACAGUUAGAUCAGCCAAUAUCAGCUUGCUGCUUCAAUCACAAUGGAAACAUAUUUGCCUACGCAUCUAGCUAUGACUGGUCAAAGGGUCAUGAAUUUUAUAAUCCCCAAAAGAAAAAUUACAUUUUCCUUCGUAAUGCAGCUGAAGAGCUUAAACCCAGGAAUAAGAAGUAAUGACCUCAGACCUGCGGGCUGACCUGAGUUGUUUUCUCUCCACUUUGCCUCGCCUCUGGAUGAAUUUGGGUCCCUGUUUUUGGUGAGUGGUCAGCCAUGGCCGCUGGAACAGUCUGUGGAGAAAACUUAAAUGCAUUUUCAGCAGUCAGGGACCCAGCCAUCCAUGGUGACGUGCCAACUCCAUUCCACUGCCUGAUACAGAUAUUUUUCUGUAACUUUAAGGAGACUGAAAUUAUUAUAGAAGUUAGAUUCAUGGGGGCAAAGCCAAGUGUUUCACAGUGCUUUGUUGACAAUGUUUGUAUUAAAGAAUAUCUGGAAACAUUCUGUGAGCCCCGUACUGUAUUUUGUAAUAAAAUAUUUUGAAGAUUGCCUACUGAUCUCCCUUUGUCCAUCUCUCCCCUCCGGCCCAGUGAUCUUUGAAGUGGUCGGCCCACUCAGCAUCAGCAUGGGAUUUUAGUUUGUGAUUUCAGGCACCUUCUGGGAAGUGCAGAACUCUUGCAUCUUAGGAGAGAAGGAAUCCUAAGCUGUAAUCAUUCCUACCAUGUGGAAGGUUUAACAACAACUUCGGGUAUUGGAGGCAGAGUUGUGGUUGUUUUGCUUUCUUCAUUCCCAUCUUUAACAUCCCCAGUGCUUUUUGGCUCUGCUGGGCAGAAUUCCUGGGGACUCCACAAUGGGGAUGUCCCCAGUGCUGGAUGUCAGGCCUCCUGGGGGCAAGCCUCGUGGGAUCAGAGUGGGCGAUAUCCACGUGGCCUUCAGCUGUAACCCAGCUUCCCUGCAUGGGAAGGGCCCCUGACAUGUGCCCCAGGAGUGGUAGUUAUGGAGUGUUGCUUUUUUACUACACACAGGUUUUAAAUUUCUGAUGGAUAUCUGAAAUGAAAUUUAACUUAAUAUUUGAUUUUUGAGUCUCUUGUAUUUUUAUCCUGUGAUCCCAAAUACUACUUAUGCCUUGUUUGGAGGUAGUAUGUAAACUUUCAAUGUGCUGAGUGUAAAAAUCUUGUUAUUGAUACAUUGUAAGAUGUGUUUACCUACUGAUAAAAAAGCAAUGAAAAUAAAAUUUUCUACUGGAAGAA